GGUCAGAGGAUUCUAGACAGCUCAGCCGGGCAGCCCAGGAGGGGGCGGGGUCCCGUGACGGGGGCGGGAAGAGGGAAGGACCAGGAGAAGGACCAACCCCCGUCGGGCCCGGUACCAGGAAGCGCUGGGGGGGAGAGGAGCUGAGUUGAGACCAGCCAGGAUGGUGGUGCCUUCCUUGAAGCUUCAAGAUCUAAUCGAGGAAAUUCGUGGGGCCAAGACCCAGGCCCAGGAGCGGGAGGUGAUCCAGAAGGAGUGCGCCCACAUCCGCGCCUCCUUCCGCGAUGGGGACCCUCUGCACAGGCACCGCCAGCUGGCCAAACUGCUCUACGUCCACAUGUUGGGCUACCCCGCCCACUUUGGACAGAUGGAGUGCCUGAAACUGAUCGCCUCCCCCAGAUUCACAGACAAGAGGGUGGGCUACCUGGGGGCCAUGCUUCUGCUGGAUGAGAGGCAGGAUGCCCACCUGCUCAUUACCAACAGCAUCAAGAAUGACCUGAGCCAGGGGAUUCAGGCAGUACAAGGCCUGGCCCUGUGCACUCUGAGCACUGUGGGCUCUGCUGACAUGUGCCGGGACCUGGCCACUGAGGUGGAGAAACUGCUCCUGCAGCCAGGCCCCUACGUGCGCAAGAAGGCUGUUCUGACCGCCGUGCACAUGAUCCGGAAGGUCCCCGAGCUCUCCAACAUCUUCCUCCCACCCUGUGCCCAACUGCUUCAUGAACGCCACCACGGCGUCCUGCUGGGCACCAUCACGCUGAUCACGGAGCUCUGUGAACGAAGCCCUGCAGCCCUCAAGCACUUUCGAAAGGUGGUGCCCCAGCUGGUGCAGAUCCUCUGGACUCUGGUGACGUCGGGAUACUCCGCAGAGCACAGUAUAUCUGGAGUCAGUGACCCCUUUCUGCAGGUCCAGAUACUUCGUCUGCUUCGGAUCCUGGGCCGGAACCAUGAAGAAAGCAGUGAGACCAUGAAUGACUUGCUGGCCCAGGUGGCCACUAACACAGACACCAGCCGAAAUGCGGGCAACGCAGUCCUAUUUGAGACAGUGCUGACCAUCAUGGACAUCCGCUCUGUAGCCGGCCUCCGGGUCCUGGCUGUCAACAUUCUCGGCCGCUUUCUGCUCAACAGUGACAAGAACAUUAGGUAUGUGGCGCUGACGUCGUUGCUGCGUGUGGUGCAGUCUGACCACAGUGCUGUGCAGCGGCACCGGCCCACUGUGGUGGAGUGUCUGCGGGAACCUGAUGCCUCCCUUAGCCGGCGGGCCCUGGAACUGAGUCUGGCUCUGGUGAAUAGCUCCAAUGUGCGAGCCAUGACGCAAGAGCUGCAGAGCUUUCUGGAAUCCUGCCCUCCUGAUUUGCGGCCCGACUGUGCCUCAGGCAUCCUGCUGGCAGCAGAGAGGUUUGCCCCAACCAAGCGGUGGCAUAUAGAUACCAUCCUGCGUGUGCUGACAACGGCAGGCACCCAUGUACGGGAUGAUGCAGUGGCCAACCUGACCCAGCUGAUUGGGGGUGCCCAGGAGCUCCAUGCCUACUCCGUGCGCCGCCUCUACAGUGCCCUGGCAGAGGACAUAUCCCAACAACCACUGGUGCAAGUGGCAGCCUGGUGCAUUGGAGAAUAUGGGGACCUCCUGCUGGAGGGGAGCUGUGAGGAAACCGAGCCCCUUCAGGUGGAGGAAGAGGAGGUGUUGGCACUGUUGGAGAAGGUGCUGCAGUCCCAUAUGUCCCUGCCAGCCACCAGAGGCUAUGCACUGACAGCCCUCAUGAAGCUCAGCACCCGGCUCCGUGGGGAAAACAACCGCAUCCGCCAGGUGGUGUCUGUCUACGGGAGCUGCCUGGAUGUGGAGCUGCAGCAGCGGGCUGUCGAGUACAACGCACUCUUCCAGAAGUACGACUACAUGAGGGCUGCCAUCCUGGAAAAGAUGCCUCUUGUGGAGCGAGGUGGUACCCAGGAUGAGGAAGCAAAGGAAAGCAAAGAAGCCCAGCAUUCGGAAGCAGCCCUUGUGCCCACAGAGCCGCAGGCCUCCAAGCUCUUGGAUCUGUUAGAUCUCCUGGAUGGCACUUUUGGGGCUGCCCAGCCCCCACCUCCUCUGGAACCCUCCUCAGAAGGCUCUUUAGUACACCUUCUUGACCUGCCCUAUGUGUCUCCAGCCCCAGCUUCCAUCCCAAAUCUCAAAGUGUUUGAGCGUGAAGGACUGCAGCUGAAUCUGUCUUUUGUUCGACCCCCUGGAACCCCUGCUUUGCUCUUAAUCACGGUCACUGCCAUCAACACCUCAGGGGCUGAUGUCACCCACUUCGUCUGCCAGGCUGCUGUGCCCAAGAGUUUCCAGCUGCAGCUCCAGGCCCCCAGUGGGGACACAGUUCCAGCUCAGGGUGGCCUUCCCGUGACCCAGCUCCUCAGAAUCCUCAAUCCUAACAAGGCCCCCUUGAGGCUGAAGCUGCGCCUCACCUACAACCACUUUGGCCAGUCCGUGCAGGAGAUCUUUGAGGUGAACAACUUGCCCGUGGACACGUGGCAGUAACACCCUCCAUGCAGUCUGAAAUCCUCCUGUGUCCCAACACCCCAGGGUCUCAGCCACUUGGCGCCUCUACCUGACAGCGACCAGCAGGUGGUACUCUGGUCCUGCAUUUGCCUCUGCAAAAACCGGGGCGGGGUCGGGGGUGCUGUCCCCUUACUUCCCACAAAUAAUGGAAGUCCAAUAAAUCCUGAGGGGAAAAGCC